AUCUAUCUGCAUGAGGCCAUGGUGAGCAUCAGCAGCCAGAGCUCCGGCAGGUCUCCGCCGGGCGUGCACCUCAGCACCGGCAUCGUCGGGUUCCUCGCCCGGCGUGCCAUGUCGUCGACGCAGAGGUCCAUGUCUUCCCAGCAUCCCCUGGACUCGCCCGGCUCCUCCUCCGUCGGCUCGGCACCGGCACCGUGGAGCAGUGCCGUUGAGCUUGAGCAGCGGCCAUUGGAGUUGGAGAAGGAAGCCGUGUACCGCGGGGUGCGGAAGCGGCCGUGGGGCAAGUUCGCGGCGGAGAUCCGGGACUCGACGCGCAACGGAGCGCGCGUGUGGCUGGGCACCUUCGACAGCGCAGAGGCUGCGGCGCUGGCGUACGACCAAGCGGCGUUCGCUAUGCGGGGCGCGGCAGCGGUGCUCAACUUCCCCGUGGAGCGGGUACGGCAGUCGCUGGAGGGGAUGGGCAUGGAGGCGUGCGGCGGCGGGUCGCCGGUGGUGGCGCUGAAGCGGCGGCAUUCCAAUUCGAUGCGGGUGCGACGGCCGGCGAGGAGCAGGGGCAGAGGCAGGAGCAGAGGCGAGGUGAUGGAGCUGGAGGACCUGGGAACAGAGUACCUGGAGGCGCUGCUGGGCGCCACUGCCGCAGAGGAGGAGCAGACGGAGAGGGAGAGCAGCAGCAGCUGGUGCAGGAGGCACCACUCUGUCUGAUGCUGCUCUGACUCUGACGAUGGGCAGCCAAUUAAAUACGUUUUGAUUUGAUUGUUCCUCGCCAUUACAGACAGUAUCUAGAUUGAGAAAUGAUGAUGAAAUGGAAGCAAGUUUAGGAGGAGUA